CGACAAGAGACCUGCCGAUUAUUAUUCUCCUAGAAAAACCAAUCUUUCCCCCCACCAUCCCUGUCCGAGCUGAAUUCCUCUGCCUCUUGUUCCCAUCCUCUUCACCAGGAGGUGGGCAGCGCCUCUCCGCGUGCGGUCCGUGUGGGCGGGUCCGGUCCUCCUCCGUCGUCCCGGACGCGAAUCUCUGGGCAGCGGUGAAUAGGAGUCGUCCGAGGCGGCCAUUGAAACCCCGCCUUCGAUUGGAGUGCUUUCGGGGGGGGGGGGGGGGUGGGGGUGGUGUCGGAGGCUCGUCGCCGGGUGCUUGGGUUGAUGUUGGGAGUGCGCGAAUCGGCUCAAGUUCUGAUCUUGGCGAGUCUGGAAUCACGGGAUUCUUUGGGGUUUUUGUCCUAAGCUUUCAAGGCUACAGGAUUGUGCUGCUGAUUCGUCUGAAACCAUGGAGACUACUAGCUCAACAAAUGAGCAUACCGGUAGGGGGACAAUGUGGGAGCUGGAAAGGAAUCUCGAUCAGCCCAUGGAUGCAGAGGCCGGGAGAUUAAGGAACAUGUACAGGGAAAAGACCUACCCGACACUUGUACUGUUACAACUUGCUUUCCAAAGCCUUGGCGUGGUGUUUGGAGACUUAGGCACAUCACCUUUAUAUGUCUUCUACAACAUUUUCCCUCAUGAUAUAGAAGACACGGAACAAGUCAUUGGAGCACUCUCGCUUAUUAUUUACUCCCUUACUCUGAUUCCACUUGUUAAAUACGUCUUCAUUGUCUUGAGGGCAAACGAUAACGGCCAAGGUGGAACAUUUGCUCUUUAUUCACUGCUUUGCCGGCAUGCAAAGAUAAACACUAUUCCUAAUCAGCAUCGAACAGAUGAAGACCUAACAACAUACAGCCGCCACACAUAUGAUGAGAAAUCUCUUGCUGCAAAGAUCAAAAGAUGGUUAGAGGGGCACCAAUUCAGAAAGAAUGUCAUUCUUAUUCUCGUUCUUUUUGGUACUUGUAUGGCAGUUGGAGAUGGAAUCCUCACUCCUGCCAUAUCAGUUCUUUCUGCAACUGGAGGAAUACAAGUGGAAAAGCCCAAAAUGAGAAAUGAUGUGGUUGUCAUCCUCUCUGUGGUCAUAUUGAUUGGAUUAUUCAGCAUGCAGCACUUUGGCACUGAUAAAGUCAGCUGGCUUUUUGCACCAAUAGUAUUUGUUUGGUUCAUUCUCAUUGGAAUCCUGGGCGCUGUAAACAUCUCCAAAUACGAUCGAUCUGUCCUCAAGGCGUUUAAUCCUAUGUAUGUCUAUCGGUACUUUAAGCGAGGGAAGACUAGCUGGGCUUCUUUAGGAGGAAUCAUGCUCAGCAUUACAGGGACAGAAGCACUGUUUGCUGAUCUUUCAUAUUUCCCUGUACAAGCUAUUCAGAUUGCUUUCACCGUGGUUGUGUUUCCAUGCCUUCUUUUGCAGUAUACUGGCCAAGCUGCCUAUAUAGCUCAGAACAGAAAUAGUGUCGUCCAUGCUUUCUAUUAUUCCCUUCCAGAUUCUGUACGGUGGCCAUCAUUCAUUGUUGCAACAGCUGCUGCAGUGGUUGCUAGCCAAGCAACUAUAUCGAUGACGUAUUCGAUUAUCAAGCAAGCACUCGCUCUAGGUUGUUUCCCCAGAGUGAGGAUCAUCCAUACGUCCAAGAAGUAUCUAGGCCAGAUAUACAGUCCUGAUAUCAAUUGGAUCCUUUUGAUAUUCUGCAUUGCUGUCACUGCUGGAUUUAAAAACCAAAGUCAGAUAGCAAAUGCAUAUGGUACUGCUGUGAUAAUGGUUAUGCUUGUGACAACAUUUCUCAUGGUCCCCAUAAUGCUGCUGGUGUGGCGCAGCCACUGGAGCUUGGUCAUUCUUUUCACGGCGCUGUCAUUGGUUGUUGAAAUUCCAUACUUCUCUGCUGUGGUGCGGAAGAUCGAUCAGGGUGGAUGGGUUCCUCUUGUGUUUGCCGGCGCCUUCCUCAUCAUCAUGUACGUAUGGCACUACGGUACACUCAAGCGCUACGAAUUUGAGAUGCACAGCAAGGUGUCCAUGGCAUGGAUCCUAGGCCUUGGUCCAAGCCUUGGUCUGGUCAGGGUGCCCGGUGUGGGCCUGGUGUAUACUGAGCUGGCCAGUGGCGUUCCUCACAUCUUCUCGCACUUCAUCACCAACCUCCCGGCCAUCCACUCCACUCUGGUUUUCGUCUGCGUGAAAUACCUUCCUGUCUACACUGUGCCACCUGAUGAAAGGUUCCUUGUGAAGCGGAUCGGUCCCAAGAACUUCCACAUGUUCCGGUGCGUGGCGCGGUAUGGCUACAAGGACAUCCACAAGAAGGAUGACGACUUCGAGCAGAUGCUCUUCAACAGCCUGAUGCUCUUUGUCCGGCUGGAGAGUAUGAUGGAAGAGUACACGGACUCUGACGAGUACAGCACCCGUGAGCUGAACCAGGCAGGCAACGCCAACUCAAGAAUCAAUGGCAUCAACGCCGGUUCAAACAUGGAUCUCAGCUACACAUCCCAUGACUCCAUCAUACAGGUGCAGUCCCCAAACCAUACGGGGAGCAGCCAGGAGAUGCCGUCGGGGCAGACGUACCAGACGGUGGGUGACGAGAUCGCGUUCCUGAACGCAUGCAGGGAAGCCGGGGUGGUGCACAUCCUCGGGAACACGAUCAUCAGGGCUCGCAGGGACUCGGGGCUCCUCAAGAAGAUCGCCAUCAACUACAUGUAUGCUUUCCUCAGGAAGAUCUGCAGGGAGAACAGUGUCAUCUUCAAUGUUCCCCAUGAGAGCCUACUGAAUGUUGGGCAAGUGUUCUAUGUGUAAGCACUGAGAGUAAUCACAAGUAGAUGAUGAGAUGUUCAGCCUCAGAAGUCAGAACUACUGGAGAGAAGAUAGGUAGCUGUAUUUUGUCCAUAGCUUAUAGGAGCCUUUGUUGAAAGAAUUGUACAGCAUCAUGUGAUCAUUUGGAGCCUGGUCAAUACUUCAGUGGUGGUCAUGUUCGUUCUGCAGAACUUGUGCUGCAUGCAUAUGUGUAAUAGCAGGUUGUCAAAUCCAGAGUAAUUCUGCCGCGUACC